AUGAAGCUCUUCCUUCUGUGCAGCGUUCUUGCUGUCGGUGCGAUGGCCGAUCUGUGGUACGUCAAGAAUCCGACGACCAAGGAUAAUAAGGUGUGCGUGAUGGUGGAAUCGAAGCACGCGAACAUCAUGACGGUCGCCUUCUACCCGGAUUGGUAUUUGUUAAAAAUUUUGGUUUUUGGCAUUAUCGGCGGUGAUGGUCCCAUCCCGAACAUCACCGACACCUGGAAAUUGACGCUGCAGUUCGUCAAGAGCGAGAACGAGUACCAGCUUGCCAACUGGACCCUUGAGGUGCACCCCACCGAGAAGUACAACGUGUCGGGCGUCUACCAGCGCGCCCUCAACGUCAGGCGUAAAGUACAAGGCUGCCCCGUCGCGCUCAGCGGUCGUGAUAUGAUCGGGAUUGCGUCAACGGGCUCCGGAAAGACGAUAACCUUUGCCCUGCCGAUGGUUAUGUUCGCGCUGGAGCAGGAGACGGCACUGCCUUUUGACCGCGGAGAGGGUCCGUUUGCCCUGGUCAUCGUCCCGUCUCGUGAAUUGGCUCAUCAAAUCCACGAUGUCGUCAGUGAUCUUUGCCACGGGCUGUCCCGAGCUCGAUACGCACAAAUCCGAGUCGCGCUGUGCAUUGGCGGCGAGCCGUUAGGCGAACAAGCGCGCAUGUUCCACCAAGGCGUCCACAUUUGCAUCGCGACGCCGGGCCGGUUGUCGGAUAUGCUGUCGAAGAAGAUCUUCAACCUGCAGCUGUGCCGUUAUCUGGUGCUCGACGAAGCCGAUCGAAUGUUGGACAUGGGUUUUGAGGACGAGAUCAAGAGCAUUUUCUCGUAUUUCAGAGCCCAACGCCAGACGCUGCUCUUCUCGGCGACGAUGCCGAAAAAGAUUCAAAUCUUUGCGAAGAACGCCCUCGUCCGCCCGAUCAUUGUCAACGUGGGCCGUGCCGGAGCGGCCUCACUCAACGUGCGCCAAGAAUUUGAGUUUGUCAGCCGUGAGGAGAAGCUCGUCAAGGUGCUCGAAUCGCUGCAAAAGACGUCUCCCCGAGUGUUGAUUUUUGCUGAGAAGAAGCUCGACGUCGACAACAUCUACGAAUAUCUUCUCGUGAAGGGGGUCGAAGCGGCGGCGAUACACGGUGGAAAAGAUCAGAAGGACCGUCACGAGGGUAUCGAAGCGUUCCGCCGCGGCGACAAAGACGUGCUCGUCGCGACAGACGUCGCCUCCAAGGGUCUCGAUUUCAAGGGCAUCGAACACGUGCUCAACUUUGACAUGCCCGACGAUAUCGAGAAUUACGUCCAUAGGAUCGGUCGUACUGGACGGUCAGGACGGCGUGGUCUGGCGACAACGUUCAUCAACCGACGGACGGACAUGAACAUCAUGGCGGACCUGAAGCAGUUGCUGAUCGAAGCCGGACAACCGCUGCCCGAGAUGCUUCAAGAUCUCGGCGGAGGUGACGCUGCGGCACAGAGUCAAAACGGUACCGGCCAAGACCGUGGUUGCGCCUACUGCUCAGGCCUGGGCCAUCGCAUCACCGACUGCCCGAAACUCGUCGGCAUCCAGGCCAAGGCCACCCAAAAUAUGCAGCGAGCCGCCGGCGAAGAGGGCCACUAU